AUGAGUCAUCGGCAAACACCUAGUGAGUUCCUGAACCAAAUCAGAGGUCGACCAGUCAUGGUGAAGUUAAACUCUGGGGUGGAUUACAGAGGUGUAUUAUCAUGUCUGGAUGGUUACAUGAACAUAGCAUUGGAGCAGACUGAAGAAUAUGUGAAUGGGCAGUUGAAGAACAAAUAUGGUGAUGCAUUUAUUCGGGGAAAUAAUGUGUUAUACAUCAGCAUUCAGAAAAGAAGGUAG